AUGGCCUCCACUGGCGAGACUCUGAGCACUUCAUCCUUCCACCCCGACGGACCGGCCUUCAACCCCCAUCUCGCCAACCCCGUCCCAAUUCUGCCCUCGUCCGCCCCGCGCGAUACCGCUACAGAUCCCGAGGAUUCUAUGGACAUUACGCCUGUGCAGACACUGAACAUGGCUCCGCCAACUUCAAGCGGUCCGGCGGGGGACGAGGCCACCGAGACCGCGUCCGCCGCCCAACACGAAGCGCCGACAUCUACCAAUGGUGCCACGAACCAGCCCAUCGGCGCGGCCGCCGCUGCGCAGCAACCAAAGGUAGUACAGACGGCGUUCAUCCACAAGUUAUACAAUAUGCUCGAAGAUCAACACAUCCAACAUCUUAUUUCCUGGUCAGGCUCCAAUGACAGCUUCGUCAUGUCGCCUUCCACCGAGUUUUCAAAGGCGUUAUCGCAAUACUUCAAACACACCAACAUCUCAUCAUUUGUUAGACAGUUGAACAUGUACGGAUUUCACAAAGUUAGCGACGUGUUUCAUACUGGCUCUCCGGAAACGCCGCUCUGGGAGUUCAAACAUGGCGGCAACAACUUCAAACGGGGCGACCUCAUGGGCUUGCGAGAGAUCAAACGCAGGGCCUCCCGCCACGCACUCAUCCACCGCGACUCCUUCGCCAACGUGCCGCCGAAAAUGACCACAGCGCCGCCACCUGCAGCGCCGAUGGAGCCUCCUGUUGUACAAGAUCCCAUCGAGACUCGCUUGAGUAUGAUGGAAUGGAGCAACAACGAGCUAUUCACAAGACUCUCGCGCACGGAGGAAGCGUACACUGCCGUGACUGCAAAGUGUCAAACCCUCCUUGAAGGGUUGUCAAAAAGUCAUCAGUGGAACCAGGAGUUAUGCUCACAUUUGCUGUCGCUGGUCCCCGACACGGAGAACUCGAUUCACAAAGACGUAUCGGCGAUGCGACAGGACAUUUCUCGACACAUGGACAGGCUUCGGACGGUCGGUGAUUCACCGCAAUCACACUUUUCCAACAAACAUCCAUUCUUCACCCAGAGCAACUUGUCAAUGGAGUUGCCAUUGCCGCUUUCGCCACGACAGCGCCCAUUUGACGAGUCGCGACGAACAUCUCUGCAGACCGCCCGUACGCCCACAGCUUUACGAGCGCCCGUAGCCCUUCAUGCACAGACGUCUCCCCGGCGAUACGGCUCGAUCGGAGUGGGCAACGGCGCAUUCUCGCCCUCUUUCAACCGGCCAACGUACCUCCCACCUCCACCGCCUCCGCCCAUGCACCAGCCACUACCAAACACGACAUCCCCGCCAAUCAACCUCGCGCGAAGGCACACCUCCGCCGACAUCCGCGUUCCCAUCUGGCCUGGCGGCAAUCCCGGAGGAUCACAAUUCAACCAGCACAGCUCCCCCUACGCCUCCGGCCAAUCUUCCUCCGCCUGGCCCUCCUCCCCGCGCCAAAACGCCCAACCAGGCGACCAACAAAUCCGCGACGCGCUCGCGCAAUACGAACUCCCCCGACCCGGGGCGUCGGCCGCGCCGGCCAACACAACCUCUAGACAGCCCUCCCCGCCCCCACCCCACGAACCCGCCGGCGCUCCCUCCUUCACCAGCAGUUUCGGCGGCAGCUACGCGAACAACAGCAAUGAUGCCGGUUGGCAGCUUCCCGGCGCUCGGUACCCUUUCAAGAGCUUGGAGACUCCGACGCGGCGCAGCAGUAUGGCGAGUAAUGUGCAUUCUUUGCUCAACCCGGCUCAUACGGCGGAGAGGGAUGGCGAGGAUGAGGGGCAUUCGGAUGAGAGGAAACGGAAGCGGGUGUAG